AUGAUUAAUAAGGAUAGUAAUAUGAACCAUAAAAAUGAAGAGAACAAAAAUUACAGCCAUGAUGAAUGCCCAGUUAGAAUUAGAAAUAAAAUAAUGAUUAAGAAGAACGGAAAAAAUUUAAAAGAAAAAAAAGGCAUGUAUAGAUCUAUAUAUGAAAUAAAUAAUAACGAUGCAGAUGCUCAUUUCUUUUUUAACCUAGAAUCAAUUCCGUGGACAUCAUCCUUCUUUCAUUUGAAAGAAAAAGAUCUGUCCUUAUUUGGUAGAGAAUUAAGAAAGAGAAAUAUUUUUAAAAGAUGUUUUCAAAGAAUACAUAAAAAUAGAAGAAGAAGAUGUAUGUCCUAUAACCCUUAUAGAGUUCCAUUGAUUUGUAAAAAAACUGCAUUAGAUGAAAUGUUAAUAUCUGAACCAAAAAUAAAAAAAAAAAAGAGAAAGAAAAAAAAAAAAAAACCAAAUCUUAUGACGUAUGGUUAUUUUUAUAAAAAGUUUAUUAUGAGAAGUAAAAAAAAAAAUUGGCUUGAAACACAUACAUAUCAUUCUAAAAGAUUUAAAAUGAUUAGUAUUUAUGGAUAUAAACUAGCUUUAAAAAAUUAUUCAAAAAUUAGUAGAAGAAUAUUUAGAUUUAGUAAAAGGAAAUCAUUAAUACAUGAUAUGUCCUAUGUAGAAAUAAUACAAUUAUCAGGACACGAAAAUCAUAUAAUACAUACUUUAAAAAAAUGCACAAAUAUUGAGCAGUCUAAUAUGUUAACUAGUAAGUAUAUUAAUGGUAUACUUCUUGGAAAAUUAUUCAUUUAUAAGAAUAUAAAUGAACAUGAAUUAAAUAACGAAAAGGAGCAUAAUAUUAAUACGAACCAAACUCAUAAUAACAAUAAUAAUCAUCCCCAUUCUGAUGAUGACUUUUUCAACUCUAAACGGCAACUCAUAUGUCCUGCCUACUUUUUAUGGCGUUCCAAAUUAAAGGAAAAUAAGAAAGUCAAAGAAAUAAAAGACUACAAUAAUCAGGAUAAUAUAAAUAAUAUAAACAAUGUUAAUAAUAAUAUAAAUAUGGUAAAUAAUGUAAAUAAUAUUCAAUAUAAAAAUGAUAUAGAAGUUGUAGAUAAAAAUAAUCACCUAACCGUAGUUCACCAAACCUAUACAAACGAACAUACGAAUGAUAAUAUAGAUAAACCUGGUAUUGAGUUAAGCAAAGAAGAAAAUAAAAAAAAGAACAUAUUAAACGAUGAUAUAAUUAGAGAUAUAUGGAUAUUUAUACAUCCAAGUAGUUUAAAAGAUGUUAUAGAAAAUUUUAAAAAUAUAAAUUCUUCUGUUCAUAUAAAACAUAUAAAAGAUAUGUGUAUGUACGAAUUAAUUGGUCCGAAAAGUUUUGAUCUGUUAAUAAAUAUUUUAAAAGUAAAAACAAAAUAUGUUCAUCAAGAGAAACAUGAUAGGUAUCAUUUUAAUUAUGAAAAUGUAACCAUUCCAUACGAUUUUGUAAUACCACUAUAUACUGUAUUACCAAAAUCAAUAGGGCCAUUUUUGCUAAAUUAUAAGGUUAAUGAAAAGGAUAUACAAAAGAAUUAUAAGGAAAAAUAUUUAUGUCAACACAGGGAUAUAAAUAGGAAUAGAAGAAAAUAUAAAGACAAAAGUAACAACAAUAAAAAGAAUAUACAUAAUAAUAAUUGUCGAGAUAAUAUUAAUGUAAUAAAAAAAAAAAAAUCUCAAAACUUUUUUGAGAAUUCAUUUGAUUAUCUACAAGAAAAAAACGGAAACAGAGUCUUACGAGAAAAAGACUUUUCUCCUUUUGAUAAUAACAUACUUAUGAAUGAAAGAAUUAAACAAAAUGUAAUUAAACAUAUAAAGGUUAAUAAAUAUGAACAUGUCAGGAGUAGUAAGAAGAAAAAAGUUAAAUUGUCUAUUCUAAAAAUGAUGGAGCAUAACAAAAAUAUUGAUACAUACGAAGCUAUAAAGGAAAAAAGAAAAUGUAUAAAUAUAGUGAAAGACAUAAAAAAUAAUAAAAAUAAAGAUAAUAUUGAUAAUAAUAAUAAUAAUAAUAAUAAUUUAAAUAACUGUGAAACUUUAAAAGAUCAUAUUGAGAUAUAUAAGCAUAACGUGAACAAUGAAAAAAAUAAAAUGUCAGAAAAAUAUUGUGACGUAUAUGAAACAAUGAAAAAUAAAAAUUUAAAUAUAACAUAUGAUAAGAAAACCAUAGAAAAUUAUUUAAAAGAUUAUUUAGAAGAUAAUCAUAGAAAUAAACCAAAGAAUAAUAAACAAUUUGAGUCUAAUAUUAUUUCUUCCGAGUUAAAGAAAACAAAAGAAAACAUUUCAAAUAAUUGUAAAAGGUAUACUAAAGUACCUAUAUUAAUUAUUAAUAAAACGAAUAAUACAAAUCAAAGAUAUUUUAUUGUAUGUCCAGCUAAAAAAAAAUGUUCCACUCUUUUCCAUUUAUUAAUACGUAACGGAUCUAUAGCAAUAGGUUUAAAAGAAAGAGAAAAAAUAUUAAAGUGUUAUAAUUUUUUGACAUAUCCUAAAGAUUUCCCAGAUACAUCUGGAGGCAUUUCAUAUAAUAAAUUAAGAGAAUGUAUAUCUACUAAUUCAUAUUUUCAAAAACCAAUAAACAAAAGAGUUAAUUAUUAUUGUAUAGGUAUUAAUAAUCCUUUUAAUUAUUCUUGGAUAUGUAUAUAUCCUUAUAAUAAUCAUAUUAAAAUUAUAAGACAAUCAGAUCCAUAUAAUCAAUUCAUGAUAAAAACAUUUAUACAAGGAUUUCUUACCAUAUCUUUAAAACGUAUUUCAAAAAUAAAUACAUUCAAAGAUUUUGAUAUUUUCAUAGAACAUUUUAAAUCUAAAUUUUUAAUUUUCUCAACAUAUUUUAUAUCUGUUUAUGUCCAAUCAUAUAAAAAAAGUACCCCUAAGAGGUUAACUCAUAUAUGUUCAUUGACAUUGAAGCAAGUCAUCAAGUUUUUUAUAAAACAUGCUGAUACCAAAAAAUUGCUUGAGUGGGUCAUACACAAACGAAUUAACAACAAACACAAGAAAAACGAAGAUAUCGAAAAAAUUAAAGAAACCAUAAUUCAUAAAUAUAAAAAUAAAAUAAUGAAAAGGAAUAAAAUUAGAAAUUUACAAAAAUUAUCAACAGACCAAUCAAAAGAAGAAAAUAAAAAAUCUAACAAUAGUCAAAAAAAUGAAGCAGAAAUUAUUUUAUCAUCUAAGCAAAUCAUUGGAUAUGUCUCAAGUGGCGGACAUGUGUUAUCUAAAGGAUAUGGAUAUGGAGUAGCCCAUAUAUCGUUUUAUCUAUUUUUGCACAAUUUGUUAAAUCAUCUUUUUGCUUUAAAACUAUUAACACAACAAGAAAUAAAUAUAAAUGUAAAUGGAAAGGAGUUUGCAUUUUUGGGCUUGAUGAGAAAUGUCAAUUCGGCUUAUUACCACCAUGUAUGGAUUAAUUUAGUGACUGAAGAUAUGUACCUACCCUUUUAA